AGCGGCAUCUGUCCACAUCUGCGCAAGCUGUAGAAGUCUCACCGCGUAACCUAGAAAUAGUAUCUCAACAUUGAGACAUGUAAGAUCUUCCUUGGAUGGUUCUUACUGGUUUUGAAUGAUCAUAAUUUUUGAAUUAGGGUAAUCAUUCGAUGUCAAGCAAUUAAAAAAAUUCUUCGGGGGCCCGAAGUUGAUUAGUCGUUACCCGAUAUUAAACACAGCUCAUUUAGCAAACAUGUCUUUCCUAUUGAAUAGCAAAACAUUUAGAAUGAAACAAUUGAUGAUUUGUACAAGUACAAAUUGGAGUAAAAUGAAUCAGCCCGUACGAUUGUUAUCCAACUCAAAGACUCGAUAUCCUGAUUAUGAAACAAUUUAUCAAUUUCCAUUAAUUCGAGUUGCUAGUCUUGUUAACAAAUUGAAAUUUUGUCAAUGUGUUAUUACUGGUGCUGGGAUACCUGUAACAUCAGUCCUUGCGGCAUCUAACAUCAUCACCACAGAUGCAGCUAUCGUGUUUGCAACUUUUGGUAUCACGUUGUGCGCAAUAUUAUACACUGCUGGUUUCCUUGGCCACAAUCGAGUUGGCUUCAUAUAUCUCAAGGAUGACUCGACCAGCAUCAAAAUUGCAUACACAGAUUUUUGGGGGAAGAGGGUUGACAUUGAAGUACCUGUUAAUGAUGUUUGGCCGAUGAGUGAUAUACCAAUUUCACCAUUGAAUCCUUUUUAUUACGAAUUAAGGCGUUAUUCUAGUAAAGAGACUUUAAAGUUUAACAUCAAGGGUGCAAAUAUUCUCAAUUAUGAAAAGUUUCGACUAGUGUUUGGAGAUACUGUCCUGACUUGAAUAAUAGAUUAGAUUCUAAUAUGUUAUGUACAUUGAAUAAAUUUUCUGCAAACGAAA